UGCUUGGCACCGGAAGCGUAAUCACCCGGGCUGAAGGCUGAAAGCCUCUACGACUGUUUAUAUUUUUUAUGAAUUACGUUUGUUCAACUGAAACAUUCACAGUGGACUUGCAUUCAAUGUAAAACCGCACGACGGUUAGGUUUUUACCAAACGACCCAGAAAAGCAACAAAACUGGCCCCUCCUCUGCCUGUCACCAUGCCUGCCCUUUUGGAGAGACCGAAGCUUUCCAACGCGAUGGCCCGAGCCCUCCACAAACACAUCAUGAGGGAGAGAGAGCGCAAGAGACAAGUCUGUUUUCCUUCCCCAGCAUCUACUCGCUAUUCCCAGGAGGAAGAAGUGGACAAAAUGAUGGAGCAGAAGAUGAAAGAAGAGGAGGAGAGGAAGAGGACGAAAGAAAUAGAGGAGAGGAUGUCUUUGGAGGAAACAAAAGAACAGGUCAUGAAGAUGGGAGAGAAGCUGCAGGGACUCCAGGAGGAGAAACACCAGCUCUUCUUACAGCUGAAGAAAGUGCUUCAUGAAGAGGAAAAGAGGCGCAGAAAGGAGCAGAGGUAUGACAUUACAACAUUGACACCGGCGAGCUACCAAACCAGCCUGCCCAUGCACUCAGGGCAGCACCUUCUCAGCAUUCAGGGCAGUCCAGUCAGCCACAGUCGACCUGGUGCACUUCUUGGAGAACGCAGUAAACAGCUGUUCCCUGCUGCUGUGAUUCCAGCUCGUCACUAUCAGACCCCCGGCUUCGGCUCUAGUCCAGCAGAGCACGGACAGUUCAGCGGGAGCCAGGGGGUCCACGAGCCCUACGGGGUGUCUCAGGCCCAGCACCCCUCCACCUACGCCGCUGGACCAUCAGUACCUGUCAGUUUCGCCAGCAGCUCCCAGAUCAGAGGUGCGUCUGCGUUUCAGGCCAUGCAGUACCUCCCCCACCAGCAGGCUGGAUACCCCGUCCACAGUCACUUCACCUCCCAGCCUGGGUACAUUCCUGGAGCAGGGAUCCCCCUCCAGAAGCAGCUGGAACAUGCCAACCAACAGUCCGGCUUUACCGAUGCAAUGUUCUCACAGGGCGCUCUGAGGCCCAUGCACCCGCCCACCAUGCACCCGUCAGCUCCUGGACUCCUACCCACCCCCUCCAUGGGGGUCCAGAUCCCCACUGCAAAGGCCUCGUUCCAGAGCUCUCCCCAGGGCGCCCCUCGCCACGGCUUCCUCCCCCACAGCCAGGGCGGGCAGAGGUUCUACCACCACGGGAAGUAACCCCCCUUCAUCACCUCCACUUCACUCAAGAGAACCCUUUCGACAAGUAAUUGCUUGAUUUCAGCAGAAAAAGUCAUUAUCGUGCCAUCUGAUUUGUGUUUUAUAUUCUGUACAGUUUGUUUUUUGGACUUUCCUAAUGUGAUCUGCUGAUAACAUAGCUUCUGUAACCUUUUUCUUUUUUACAAAACUCAAUUUGUAAAAUAAUUUGAUAUAUUAAAUACACUGUACAGCAGGUGCGAUUGUGCACUAAAAUGUUAAUAUCUUCUGGAAACAGCUUAUUCUUUGUAUACUAAUAUUCAUUAUUGUCAGUGGAGGAUUCAGUGUUUGCGCAGUGGCUUUAGAGGAAGAACAUGUGGAUUCAAUCAACAUGUGGAUUAAAUCAACAUGUUUCCGCUGAAAAGUCACGCUCACACUGAUGAAGACCACUGAAACUGAAAGACUCUAUUUCACUGUGUUGCUGACUCCUUGAAUUGUGUUUAGUUACCGCAAAUUAAAUUCAAAUGACUUUUCUGACAAAACAAUGGAGCUUUCCGGUGUUUUCCUCUUCUACAGAAGUCGGCUGUUUUAACACUUUUAAGGUUGCUAAAUAAAAACUAUAAGCAAACGCCAA